UGUAUUGACGUCUUUUAGAGUAACCGAUUCUCAUUUAUACUGAGUUUAGUUAUUUGGUGUAAAUUUCAAUCAAUCAAAUCACCUGAACUUUUCGGAUUAACCCAAAAAACAGUCAAAUACCCUACCAUAGAUUACAAAUUUAUUUCUUGUAGAUUGCAACUUUAUUGAAAAUCUUUUAAACUAGUAUAUAACUCCAUACGCACUUUGGUGUCAAAAAUCUGGGAACGUCAUUACCGUCUAGAAAAAAAACUUCAAGUUAUUUAUUGCCGAACUGAUCCGUUAAUAUAAAGUUUUAACUAACUUAUAUUCUGUUGAAAUUUAUAGCGAAAUUAAUCAUAACAGCGUGUUUUGAGAAAUCCCAAGGAAGUUCCGGCUCCUGGAAUUUACAAUAAACACGAAAAAUCUGAAAAUAAACCCUACGUUGAAGGUUUCUGUCCGGUUUUGAAAUUUAUGUUUCUUUCAAACAUUGAAACUUCAAAAAGUUUGCACAGAAAGUAAGGCUAGACCACAAGUUUAGCCAGACAACAAGUUUAGCCAGACAACAAGUUUGGCCAGAAAUUUUCGCUCUAAUCGAUAUUUCUAUUUAAAAAAUUUGAAGCUUUUAUCAAGAGAAAUUGAACCAGAUUAUAUUAUAGCUGAAUAAUGAGUUUUAAGCCUGCCAAGCUUAUAUUAUUGGAUUGAAAGAGGCGUUAAUAAGAUGUGCUGUUCUUCGAUGGUUGUGUUGAUAUUUAUCAAGAUAUUAUUCAGCCUUCUGCUAUUCUGUCCCCUGGUCGUCCAAUGCAAUGUGGGUCUCAUCAAAAUCCAGCCCCAAUUUCUAGCCCCCCUUCCCGAAGACACAGAAUUCAGAGUGCGUCUAAACUACACCAGACUGGUUUGUGACGUAACCAUGUCUGUUCACGUGAGUGACCUUGAAGUGUUGUCUGUGGUGGGUUCACAGAAGUUCAGUCUGGCGGCUAUUCCCAAUGUGACUAUGUUGCAGUUUAGCCGAGUGAGAUUCAGGACUCAGAAUAUUGGCACUGCCCAAGUGUCCUUCACCUUCACAAAACCAGACAGCAACGACAAGUCCCCCCUUCAGCCCCUGGAGAGGCCGGACAUAGGGGGCUUCACAGUGACCGUGGUGAAACGAGUCACUUGGAUCGACGAAGGUCUCUACUACUGUUCGAUUGCCCUGGUGUACUUGAGUGUGAUAGUGAUGGGGAGUGAGGUGAAACUGGGUCAGCUGCAGACCCUCAUGCAGAGGCCAGGCUGUGUGGGGGCUGCUCAGAUCACAAACAUGAUACUACAGCCAUUCAUGGCGUUUCUGCUGUGCAAACUGUUCUCCCUGUCGCCCUCCAACUGCAUGUACUUGGUGAUGGUGGGAUGCUGUCCUUCUGGGGUGACCUCCAACUUGUUCUCCCUCCUCUCCCACGGGGAGAUCACUCUCAGUCUGGUGAUCGCAUUCAUGAGCACAUUCAUGUGUAUGGGGUGGAUGCCACUCAACCUGUUCACUUACAGCAACUUCAUCAGUGGGGACACUGGGGUGAAGAGUGUGAAUGACAUCAAUGUGCCCUACGGGAGGAUGGUGAUCAACAUCGUCAAACUACUCAUCCCCAUCCUCUGUGGAAUGCUACUCAGGUACUUCUUCCCCUCGACUGAACGGGAGUGGUUCCGGAAGUUCCGCUGGAUUGCGGUCUCGUCUCUUUUAGUCUCCUCCAUUCAUCACAUCUACACCACCAGAUUCGUCAUGCAACUCAUCACCAAACAGAUCAUCGCAGUGGCGUCUCUCCUACCCCUGACUGGGUUCCUCACAGGAGCUGCACUAACUCUCCUCUCCCGACAGAGAUCCACUGCAAUCAGGACUGUCCUGCUAGGCACUGGACUACAAGACACAUUCUUAGUAGUACUCAUUGUCAAGGACCUGAAGAAACCUCCACUGGCAGAUUUGGAUUGUGCAAUACCCCACAUAUGUGCUACAUUCGCUCUAAUAUACGCAUUUAUAGUAUACAUAGGGCAUCAUUUAGCCAUGGAGUUUUCACCAUCAUAUUCAAGCUUGGUCCACUUGGAAGAAACUCAGAUACUGGAAGAAGAAAAAAGAGCCGAACUCGUUACUCUGCAAGGACGAAGUGUGAACGAACAUGACGAGGCAAAUCUCAACCCAGAGUUAAGGACACGUAACCGACAGUUCCGAGACGCUUCUCAAAACACCUCCCGGAUGAUGUUAAACGAAAUCCAAAAUGCACCCGAAGGAUAUAACACAAUAUCAAAUUCGAUUUAUUCAAUCAACCGAGAAGUUCCAUUGUUACAUAACAAUGACUGUAAUAAUGAAGUACGAAGUGGUUCCUCAACUUCUUGUUCACAUCAGAUGGAAAAUUCCUUUUUAUCAAGACCCAGAUCAAUGUUUAUCAACAGUUACCAGAACAAUGACGAAAUCCAAAUCGAACCUUCCAUAAAUGGAAAAAACUUUGAUAUGAAUCACUUGCCAGCCAAUGAUUACAAAACAGGAAUUGUGAUCCGUACCCAUAAUGGUCCAACAAUAAACGGAUCUCCAAGAAAACAUGAGCUUACAUCAAAUGGAAAUUAUAAUUUUUUGCCCGAUGACACCCCCUCUAAUCGGCAAAAAAUCAGCACUCUAUCAGCGCCUGGAGGUACAUGUGAGAGCGGGAAUUAUUCGAAAAACGAGACGACUGUCCAUUGCAAAAGUUAUAGAGCCGAAUUUCAUGUGUGAAGCUUUUUACAGUUUUAAGUAGAUUUUUUAGGUUGUUAGU